GAGAAAUGGAGUAGCGCCUAAAGGAUAAGUCGAAAUAUCCGCGGCCGAGAAUGGGAAUCCUCAUGUCUUCUGUCUUUUGGCACGAGGCUAUUUUAUUUGAUACUAGUAUCAAACUAGUAUCAAUUCGAUAAAUUUCCCUAUCUCUUUCCUAACCACGCAACUACCACAACACUGACCAUGCAUUCAGCUUACCCGAAAUCAAACUUUCCUUACUAUGGUCAGCCAUGCCACACUUAUUACCCUCCUGGCUAUCAGCAUCAGCCUCGUCAACCCUUUCCUUCUUCAGAUCCAUACACUUCACCACCAUGGCCUCGAGAAAAUUAUCUGAGCACUCCAUACCCACAACCUUAUCCUGAUAUCAGUACCCAGUUCAUUCAACCAACGCCUGAACCGGCCCCGCCUCCACCACGCAUCAAGCGCGCUAAUACAGCACGUGCAAAGACCUCCCAUAAUCCCGAAAAGCCCCAACUAAAAUCUGCAAUGAAAAAGAACGGUGGCCUUCGCCGCUCAGAGACCGUUAGCGCCGUGCCACCUCCUCUUGAGCGCACUCGAACUUCUUCCAGUGCACGCCAGCGCCUCAUGCCCAUGACCCGCACCAGCGUCACAAACCCGUCCUACCUUCCAGAACACAUGUUUGUCUCUUUUCACAGCGCAAACGAGCUCCGCUUGGGCAAUGUCGCCUUCCAGGAUACCAUGGAAGAAAUCAAGGAAAACAUCAUUCCUAUGUGGCCACAUGGCGUAUCCACAGCAAUUCCCGUCCUCCACGCUUUUCGCAUUCUAUUUAACAGGAAUCCGUGGACUGCCACUGGCAGCGAGGGUGUCAUCGCACAAAAAAUGAUAUGCGAACUCUUUACCUGCCUCGCGCGCAACGGUUAUCAGUACCGUACUUCUCUCAGCACUGGGUAUUCCUAUCCUCAGUUGGUAUUUCAAGAUAGUGGUCCCGAUGAACACUGUGACUUCUUUGCCGCACAUAUCUCGCGCUCAGGACACAGGAUGACCCUCGUUCGACCCCCCCGUCGUGUUGGCGAGCAGAUAGGCCCCCGUCUCCGCAAUGCAUGGCCAUAUAAAAUCGCAGGAGACAGAACGAGUGAAGACGAGAUCUACACUAUCGAGCUCAAAAGGAAUGCAAUUGGCACCCCUGAGUUAAGCAAAGACAUAUUUGCAGCAUCCGCAUUAAAGGAAAUAAGUACCAUGGGCUACAAGCUUGAAGCCACCGUUCCCCUUGCGCGUACGGGAAUGCUUGGUUUCGGGAGCAAGAAGGAAGUCUGGAUUUUCCGCGGGACGAGGGUACGUUCGCGUGCCGGCUCGCGCGCUGGUUCACGCGCUGGUUCACGCGCCGGCCAGAACGGUGAUCAUUGAGAGGAAGAACCAAGCUCUAGCGUCAACGGACGACUCAGCCCCUCGGAGAGUUCCCACACUCACCGCCUCAAUGACAGGGCAUAGCGAUGACAAGACAAGACUGCAAACGACGAUUCAUGACGUGUUGACGAUGUACAACUUACCAUAUGUAUUUAUAGUUCUAAUUCUGCUCUGACAGAAUACCCUUUCACAUACAUACUACGUACGGGCUAUGUGUAUUUUGCAUGUGUAAUACCAGUGCUAUCGGGCCCCACUCCACCUACAGUCGAACU